UAUAUAUAUAUUUAUAAUUAAGCUUCUUCCCCAAUUCCCCCACCCCUGCCUAAUUUCUCUGCAACUACAACCUCACCUCCUCCAUUAAUACUCUCUCUCUCUCUCUCUCUCUCUAUAUAUAUAUAUAUAUAUAUUAUAGAUAUCUUUCUUCCAUGGCUUUUGAUUGUAUUUUCUUGCUGGUUUUAUUGCUACUUUCUCCACUCAACUGUUUUCCAGUGGCCGGCAUAAGUAAGCAGUCCCAAUUCUUCACUCUCCUGAAGAGUUCUCUCCAAGGCAAACCCUUGUCCGAUUUGGAAGCAAAACCCUUCUGCAACUUCACCGGAAUCGGCUGCAAUGCACAGGGCCACGUCGUCAGCAUCGACUUCUCCGGCUGGUCUCUUUCCGGUAGCUUCCCGGAGGACGUUUGCUCCUACUUGCCGGAGCUACGGGUUCUCCGCCUCGGCCACAACCAUCUCCGCGGCGGCUUCCCUUAUUCCAUCACCAAUUGCUCUCUCCUCCAAGAACUGAACUUUUCCAGCACUUCUCUCUCGGGCCCUCUGCCAGACUUCUCGCCGAUGGUGUCUCUCCGGUCGCUCGACCUAUCUGCCAACCCCUUCUCCGGCGACUUCCCGAUUUCAGUACUCACCAAUCUCACCAAUCUGGAGCAGGUGUACUUCUAUGAAAAUAGAAAGUUCAAUUCAUGGAAGCUGCCAGAGAAUAUUUCCCGGUUGGGAACACUCAAGUCCAUGGUUUUGACAACUUGCUCGCUGCAUGGUUCAAUCCCAGCCUCAAUCGGAAACAUGACGUCACUGACUGAUCUUGAACUGAGCGAAAACCUUCUCGUUGGCCGGAUUCCGUCGGAGAUCGGCAGGCUAAAGAAUUUACAGCAACUCGAGCUUUAUAAAAAUCAACUUGAAGGAGAACUCCCGGAAGAGCUCGGAAAUCUCACGGAGCUCGAAGACUUGGACAUGUCCGUCAACAAGUUCACCGGGAAAAUCCCAGAUUCCAUUUGCCGGCUGCCCAAGCUCAAGGUCCUCCAGCUUUACAACAACAGCCUCGACGGAAAAAUCCCAGAAUCAAUCGAAAGCUCGACAACACUCACAAUGCUGUCGCUUUACGACAACAUGCUGACCGGAGAAGUUCCGGCAAGGCUUGGAGCAUCAUCGCCGAUGAUCCUUUUCGAGAUUUCGGAAAAUGAACUGUCCGGACAACUUCCGGCGGAGGUGUGCAAUGGAGGUAAAUUGCUUUAUUUUCUUGUUCUGGGGAAUAUGUUUUCCGGGAAAGUGCCGGAAAGUUAUUCAAGAUGCCAGUCUCUUCUGAGGUUUCGAGUUAGUUCAAACUAUUUGGAGGGUCCAAUACCGGAAGGGCUUUUUUCUCUUCCCCAUGCUUCGAUCGUCGAUUUGGCUGACAAUAUUCUCACCGGUACGAUCCCAAAAAGAGUCGGAAAUGCCCAAAAUCUGUCGGAAUUGUUCCUCCAAAGCAACAGGAUUUCAGGGGUUUUGCCGGAAGAAAUCUCAGAAGCAACCAAUCUGGUGAAGAUUGAUCUCAGCAACAAUUUGUUGUCCGGUCCAAUUCCUUCUGAAAUUGGGACACUAAAAAAGCUCAAUCAACUGAUGCUGCAAGGCAACAAGUUCAAUUCUUCCAUUCCAGAUUCGCUUUCUUCAUUGAUAUCCCUCAACGUUCUCGAUCUCUCCAACAAUCUGUUAGGCGGGAAGAUUCCAGAAAGUUUAUGUGAUUUGCUGCCCAAUUCGAUGAACUUUUCUUACAACCUGCUUUCUGGGCCUAUUCCUCUUUCUUUCAUAAAUGGAGGAAUCUUGCUGGAAAGUUUUCACGGCAACCCGGGUCUCUGCGUUCCCCAAUACCCGAAUAAUUAUUCAUCGGAUUUAAACAAUUUCCCAAUCUGUUCUGAUCAUAAUCGAAAGAAAAUCCAAAACUGCAUUUGGGCAUUCGGAAUCUCGGCGGGGAUUAUUGUUCUCGGAACAGUUUUGUUUAUAAAGCGCUGGUUUGCAAGACAACAUUCCAUGGCCGAAACCGACGAGACAUUCUCGUCCUCGUUCUUCUCAUGUGAGGUGAAGAGCUUCCACGGAAUAACCUUCGAUCAACGCGAAGUUGUAGAAUCCAUGGUCGAGAAGAACGUGGUCGGCCAUGGCGGCUCCGGGACAGUGUACAGAAUCCAGCUCAGAACCGGCGAAGUCUUUGCCGUGAAGAAGCUGUGGAGCCCGAAAACGAAAGAUUCCCCGACGACGAAGAACCACGAUCAGCUCUCGCUGGACAAGGAGCUGAGAACGGAGGUGGAGACGCUUGGAAACGUAAGGCACAAGAACAUCGUGAAGCUGUACAGCUGCCUCUCCUUCCAUGAUUUCAGUUUGCUGGUUUACGAAUACAUGGCGAAUGGAAAUCUUUGGGAUGCUCUUCACAGAGGGAAGAUGGUUUUGGAUUGGCCGACGCGGCAUCAGAUUGCGCUGGGAGUGGCGCAGGGUUUGGCCUAUCUUCACCAUGAUCUGAAGCCGGCGAUCAUUCACAGAGACAUCAAGUCCACCAACAUUCUGCUUGACAUAGAUUACCAGCCCAAGGUUGCAGAUUUCGGGAUCGCCAAGGCUUUGCAAGGAAGAGGCAAAGAUUGCACCAUUACCGUCAUUGGAGGGACUUGUGGCUACUUUCCCCCAGAAUAUGCAUAUUCUUGCAAAGCCACAACCAAGUGCGAUGUGUACAGCUUCGGGGUGGUGUUGAUGGAGCUGAUAACGGGGAGGAAGCCGGUGGAAGUGGAGUUCGGCGAGAACAAGAACAUCAUAUACUGGGUAUCCAGCAAGCUGGAGACGGAGGAAGGGAUCAUGGAGGUUCUGGACAGACGAGUUUCAGGGUCGUUCAAGGACGAGAUGAUUAGGGUCUUACAGGUUGCAGUUCGCUGUACGUUCAGGAUGCCGGCGAACCGGCCCUCCAUGGCGGAGGUGGUUCAGUGCUUGAUCGACGCAGAUCCCUGCGGGAUAAUUGUUCAGAGUUGCAUGGCCUCCAAUAAGCCCAAAACGAGAACCGGCAAGUGCUCCGACCAUGACAGUGCCGAAUCCACCGACGUCUGAUCAUUUAUUUUGUCUCGCCGGAGGAAUAAGUGUGACAAUUAAUCACAUGCAAUAAUUUUGUAAACCAAAUUAUAUUAUAUAUUAAUAUGUAUAUACUAACUAAUUAAAGUUUUGCCUGCUGUAAACAUUUGAGCAAAUUAAUCAGUUCUUUAAUUUAGGCCAAUCUGUUUCUUUC